GUGUCAGUAAUUAACACUGUGGAUACUUCACAUGAGGACAUGAUUCAUGAUGCCCAGAUGGACUACUACGGCACCCGCCUGGCAACCUGCUCGUCCGACAGGUCCGUGAAAAUCUUUGACGUGCGCAAUGGAGGCCAGAUCCUCAUCGCCGACCUCAGAGGUCAUGAGGGUCCUGUGUGGCAGGUGGCCUGGGCCCACCCCAUGUACGGCAACAUCCUGGCAUCCUGCUCCUACGACCGGAAGGUCAUUAUCUGGAAAGAGGAAAAUGGCACCUGGGAGAAGACGCACGAGCACACGGGACACGACUCCUCAGUAAACUCUGUGUGCUGGGCCCCCCAUGACUACGGCCUGAUCCUGGCCUGUGGGAGCUCGGAUGGCGCCAUCUCCCUGCUCACCUACACCGGGCUGGGCCAGUGGGAAGUGAAGAAGAUCAACAAUGCUCACACUAUUGGCUGCAAUGCUGUCAGCUGGGCCCCUGCCGUCGUUCCUGGAAGCCUCAUAGACCAGCCAUCCGGGCAGAAGCCCAACUACAUCAAGAAGUUUGCCUCAGGCGGCUGUGACAACCUCAUCAAACUGUGGAAGGAGGAGGAGGACGGCCAGUGGAAGGAAGAGCAGAAGUUGGAAGCACACAGUGACUGGGUUCGAGACGUGGCCUGGGCCCCCUCCAUCGGCCUGCCUACCAGCACCAUCGCCAGCUGCUCCCAGGAUGGUCGAGUGUUCAUUUGGACCUGUGACGAUGCCUCGGGCAAUACAUGGUCCCCCAAACUGCUGCACAAGUUCAAUGAUGUUGUAUGGCACGUGAGCUGGUCCAUCACAGCCAACAUCCUGGCCGUCUCAGGCGGAGACAAUAAGGUGCACCUGUGCCCCACAUGCCUUGUUGGGACAGAGCCCCUGGCUUCGCUCUGGGGACAUCAGCUCUGCCUGCCCGCCAGGGAGCUGCUGGCUCGCACAGCUUCCAGGCUUUCUCAGCAGGCUGUCAGGUGGGGCUGGGGUCCAGCAGUGCCGCCUCCGGGGCUGCCCCUUCCUGGGCCGACGACCCAACAGCCGGGAAGAAGGCGACCCCUCCCCUCAGAUCACUUCCCUGGGAGCCGGGACAAACCAGCCGGAUUGGUCAUCUGCCUUAACGUGACGAUGUGGUUUGUAACUUACUGUCCAGCUGAACGCCGUCAUGUUCUGAGGGAAAAAACUACAAAUGACCUUCAAAUCUAUUAUUUUAAAAAUAUUUUGGUCAUUUUUAUGUACCUUUUAGGUUCAGGCAUUAUGGUUUAUGGUGGGGCGGGGGUAUUGUUUCCAGAGUAUAAAUAAACUCAUAUUGCUUAUAA